AUGAGGUUGGCCAGCAUUGGGGUUCGGGCCCGGAGGACUGCGGAGCCGUCUGAACCGGAGUCAGAGGAAGCAACAGAGCCGGCUCACCAUGAGCACCAUACAGAGCACCAUGAGCACUCGCAUACAGAGCAUCACCCCGGCCACAACUACAACCACAUGAAGGACAAGUUCAUGAAUGAACUCGGUCAUCUGCCAAUUCCCGUGUGGGCAGUGGCAGCUAUCGUCGUGCUCGUCCUGGUUUUGGUGGCGUGCUUCAUCUUCUGUCUUUUCAAGAAAUGCUUUGCGAAAAAGAAAAAGCCAAAGAAAGUGAGGGAGAGGAAAACAGGUCGCCGCAAAAAGGAAAAGGAAGGUGAAGGAGAGGCUGGAGAGAAGGAGGGGGAGGUGAAGAAGGAAGGAGAGGAAGAGGAGAAAGAGCAGGAAAAGUUGGGUAAGCUGGAGUUCUCGUUGGACUACAACUUCACAGACGCCCAGCUUAUAGUGGGUAUCCUUCAGGCUCAGGACCUUGCAGCUAUGGACAUGGGGGGGACCUCAGACCCCUAUGUCAAAGUCUUUUUGUUGCCAGACAAAAAGAAGAAGUAUGAGACCAAAGUCCAACGCAAGAAUUUAUGCCCCGUUUUCAACGAGACUUUCAUUUUCAAGAUUCCGUAUGCAGAGCUGGGUGGAAAGACUUUGGUGCUGCAAGUUUUUGACUUUGACCGUUUCUCCAAGCAUGAUAUGAUUGGCGAGAUAAAAAUCCCAAUGAACAGUGUUGAUUUGGGCCAGCCGAUGCAACAAUGGAGAGACUUGGAGAGUGGUGAGAAGGAGGAGCAGGAAAAACUGGGCGAUAUUUGCAUUUCUUUACGAUAUGUCCCCACUGCUGGAAAACUGACCGUGAACAUCAUGGAGGCAAAGAACCUGAAGAAAAUGGAUGUUGGUGGUUUAUCAGAUCCAUAUGUUAAGAUUGUUCUGCAGCAAAAUGGGAAACGGAUUAAGAAGAAAAAGACAACGGUCAAGAAAAACACGCUCAAUCCUUACUUUAAUGAGAGUUUCAGCUUUGAUGUCCCCUUCGAGCAGAUACAGAAAGUGCAGGUCGUCAUCACAGUGUACGACUACGAUAAACUUGGGAGCAACGACCCCAUUGGGAAAACCUUCAUGGGUUAUGGAGCUACAGGAGUUGGCCUGCGUCACUGGUCAGAUAUGCUCGCCAAUCCCAGACGUCCAGUUGCCCAGUGGCACACUCUCCUGCCAGAGGAAGAAGUCGAUGCGGCAGUCAAAGCAAAACCUCGUUAA